UAUCAUAGUUGGAAACAGGUGAGAGGUCCCAUGAAGCUUAAAAGACUAUUCUGAUAAUUCACACAGAAAGAAUCCUUCUAUGAAUAUUAAAUACAAUACGGUUCUACCUUUUCUUAAAUAGUGCUUUUCUUAAAGGCCCACAGCUAUGAACAGAUGAAACUCAUCAUGACAAAGAUGAAUUAUUGCAUAAAUAUACAAAAAUAGCCACCAAGAUCAUCACUAACUCCUGAAUUUGCUGGACUUUUUGGUCAUUGUGAUUUCAGUUUCUCGAGAAAAAAGAGCCUAUCUUCGCCCAUCUCUUAUUCAGCUCCUUCACAAUCACAUUGCUUGGUCUUUGGUGUAGUGAACAUUUGGUUCGUCUGAAUUCAAGGGAAAUCUUUCUGAGUUUUAUAAAAGUGUAGUUCCCAAAUUUCCAAGAAUAGAUUUUGCUUACUUGAUUCAAUAAACCACCGAAUUUCAGGAGAUGGUAAUGGUGCUUCAAUGGCUAAGAAGAGGAGCUGGUUCAAUCUAGUGAGAAAGUUUUUCAUUUCAGAUACACAAUCCAAACAAGAAAAGAAGGACAAGAAAAGAAAAUGGGUUUUCUUUGGAAGGCUCAAGAUGAAAAGCAGGUUGGCCUCUAUUUCAGCACCAUCACCACCAAGAGAAAGAACAACACUAAGUGAGUCAGAGCAGGAGCAGAGCAAGCGAGCUCUGGAUGUUGCACUUGCCACUGCUGCAGCUGCUGAAGCAGCUGUUGCAGCUGCUCAUGCUGCUGCUGAGGCUGUUUUGCUAACUGGUGUCCCUCAUUCCUCCACCCAUCAAUGUGAUAAAGAAACAGAACAACUUUCUUCCAUGAAAAUACAAGCUGAUACCCGUCACUCGACUCAUCAAUGUGAGAGAGAGAUCCAAGAAAUUGCAGCCCUUAAAAUUCAAGCUACGUUUCGUGGUUAUCUUGCAAGGAAAGCUCUGCGAGCUUUGAAGGGGAUAGUGAAGCUUCAGGCUAUUAUUCGUGGGCGAAAUGUGCGACGCCAAGCUAUGAAUACCCUGAAAUGCUUGCAGUCCAUUGUAAAUAUCCAGUCACAGGUCUGUGCCAAGAGAAUCCAAACGGUGGAAGGAACUUGUUUCUCUGAUAAAACGAAACAGUUCCAGAACUUGAGGGAUAAGAUAAUAAGGGUGGACACAAACUGCCAGAAAAGAUGGGAUGGAAGCAUUUUGACAAAGGAAGAACUAGAUACCUUAUUUCUUAGCAAGAAAGAGGCUGCGAUAAAGAGAGAAAGGAUAAAAGAAUACUCGUUUAAUCACAGGAAUUCAGCAGAAACCGAGAGGAAUAAGGUGAAUGGAAGGUGGAGGUACUGGCUAGAGCAAUGGGUGGAUAGUCAAGUUUCUAACAAGAGCAAAGAACUAGAAGAUUUGGAUACAGUUUUAACUUCAAGUCCAAAGCCUAGAGUGGAAUACAGAGGGAAACAACUUAAAUUGAGAGGUCUGCAAAGACAGGAUCAAGUUGAAGGAUUAGAUUCUCCCACAACAGCUCCAAGAAGAUCAUUUCACAGAAAGCAAUGCUCCCUGGGAGAAGACAAUUCCUUCUCCAGGUCUCAUGUGAUUCCAACUUACAUGGCUGCAACUGAAUCUGCCAAGGCAAAAGCAAGAUCAAUGAGCUCCCCAAAGCUGAGGCCAGGAAGUUUUGAUGCCUACUCUGAUAGCUAUUCACCAUGUAAGAAUAAGUUGUCUCUGAUACCAUCUACAGCUACUGAAGUGCCUAGUAGUUGUAGUUUUGGGAGGCCUAGUCCUUACCAGCAGCAGCAAAGGUCUCCAAGUAUUAAGGGCCUUCCAGUUCCUGUAAAAUCUAACCGGACAUUGAAGGAUCUGAGCUUAAAUUCUGAGUGUUCAUUGCGAACUUGGGAUCGACAAAACGCCUUCCAGUGACUGCAAGAACCAAGAAAGAUCUGCUUGGACAUUGAUUUGAAAUGGUUGAAUUAGUUGAACAAUGUCCAUUCCUUCAUUAAGGAAUAUUGUAAUGCUUCACAGGAUAAAAAAUGCUUGACAAAAAUUUUUGUUUA